CUCAGUCUCAGCUGAGACGUGGAAUUUGUCCUUCCCAGCAGUUGGACAGUAUUAUCCUCGCUGAGCUGAGGAUUGCACCAACUGAGACUGUACCCUUCACAACAAACCGGUGUGGCUGAUCGUUUUGGACAGUCGAUGUCGAGACCUGAGUCACUGCCAGAGUUGUGCAUGUUGAGGUGCGAUGGCUUUCUGCAGGUCCCCCUCCUCUACCUGUGCAGAGCUGUGGACCGAUGGAUCAGGCUUCAGACGAGUGACCACAGCACUCAGCGAGUCUUCCUCCAUCCACAGCCUUUGCUACCUGACUAGCGCUGCACCAGGGGCAGGUAUGGACCCCAUGUCCUACAGCAUCCUGCAGCCUGAACCUUUUAAAGAACAGGAGAUGGAUGAGGAGUCACAAAGGCUACUAAAGGUUGUCGGUUCACCUUCAAGCCCUCGGGGCGGCGGAGAAGGUCUCUACUUCUCUGAUGGACGGCGGAAAGUUGACUACGUUCUGGUCUUCCACCAGCGGCGACACAGUUCCAUACGAUCUCCCGCAGGCACCUCAGCCUUACAUGACCGACUUUCUGUUGUUUCGAACGGCAACUUCACUCUGUCUGUUGGCUCAGAUGUUGAAGCAGGAAGACCAGAGGGAAUGCAGGGAGGAGAGAGGGCAGGUGUUGGCGAGGUGUUUAUGGAGCUCGGUAGACAAGUGGAUGAACUGGUGGAGCCGGCAGACCAUGAAAUGCAUCUGAUCAGACAGGAGUUUGAGGACGCCCUACUGGAGGCCGGCUUGGAGAUCGAGAGGGACGGAGAGCUGAAGACACACGGCCCCAGCUUCACCCGCCUCCACGCGCCCUGGCCGGUGCUCUGCAGAGAGGCAGAGUUUCUCAAGAUUAAAGUUCACACCAAGACGAGUUAUGAACUUAAAGAGGAAAGUGGUUUCAGUACCAGUUUGAACACAGUGUGGAGGAAACUGAACCAACCGUUUCAGCCCAAAGUGUCGCACCGGGACCACAGACGCAGCAAGCUGCUGUCCCACUGCUUCUCCAGGGACAAACUUCACCUGUACAACAUUGUGUCGAAAGACACAUUCUUCGACAACGCCACAAGGGGCAGAAUAGUAUACGAGAUCCUGAGACGUACAGUUUGUGUACAAACCUGUCAAACUAUAGGCAUCAGCUCUUUGAUAGCUAAAGGCGCGUAUGACACUGCCUUCCCGCUUCAUGAUGGUGACUAUAAGGUCAUAGGACACCCCGAGGAGAGGAACGACAGACAGGUUCUACAUGACGAGUGGGCCAAAUAUUCUGCUUUUUACAAGUACCAGCCCAUUGAUCUGGUCAGGAAAUACUUUGGGGAGAAGAUCGGCCUGUACUUUGCGUGGCUUGGUGUUUACACUCAGCUGCUAGUUCCGGCCUCCAUAGUGGGAAUCAUUGUCUUUGGCUACGGUGUGGCGACAAUGGAUACUAAUAUACCCAGUCUGGAGAUGUGUGACAAACGACUUAAUUUCACCAUGUGUCCUCUGUGUGAUGGAGCCUGUGAGUUCUGGCAGCUCAGUACGGCCUGUGGCACCGCCAGAGCUUCACACCUCUUUGACAACCCCGCCACCGUCUUCUUUGCCAUCUUCAUGUCCCUGUGGGCGGUAUUGUUUUUGGAGCACUGGAAGCGACGUCAGAUCAGUUUAAGCUUCAGCUGGGAUCUGACAGACAUCGAAGAGGAUGAGGAACACCCAAGGCCAAAAUAUGAGAACAGUCUCCUUCAAAAGAAACAGAGGAAGCAGAAAACUAAGAAGAAAAAGAAGAAAAAUAAUGAGCCAGACAAACAGGAGGAAGGGACAGUGACAGGGAAGGACAGAUGGUGACAUAAACUCCUGUCUGCCAUGGCUGCAGGAAUACCGGCUGCCAUCGAGAAGCUAACCUGGAAAGAUCGUCUUCCUGGAUACUGCAUCAACGUGUCCUCUGUUCUCUUUAUGGUUUUUGGGCUGACAUUUCUGCAGUUUUUGGGAGUCAUCAUCUACCGUAUUACAGUGUCAGCCCUGAUGGCGAUGAGCCCCGACCCUGAGACCAAAUCCAAUGUACGGGUCACAGUCACGGCCACUGCGGUCAUCAUCAACCUGGUCGUUAUUUUGAUCCUUGAUGAAAUCUACGGUGCUGUGGCUCUGUGGCUGACUGAACUCGAGAUUCCCAAAACAGAAACCAACUUUGAGGAACGUCUCAUUCUGAAAGCCUUCCUGCUGAAGUUCAUGAAUGCAUACGCACCCAUCUUUUAUGUAGCGUUCUUCAAGGGAAGGUUUGCGGGUCGACCUGGAAAUUAUGUAUAUGUCUUUAAUGGCUAUCGGAUGGAAGAGUGUGCUCCAGGAGGCUGCCUCAUUGAGCUGUGUAUUCAGCUCAGCAUCAUCAUGUUGGGGAAGCAACUCAUCCAAAACAACAUCUUUGAGAUAGGCAUUCCAAAGUUAAAGAAGUUGGUGCGUGCUCUAAAGGACAAAGGAAGGACGGAGGAGGAGAGGGCUGAGGAGAGACCUCCACAGCAGUGGAACCUGGACUAUGCUCUGGUUCCUUUUCAAGGCCUCACACCUGAAUACAUGGAGAUGAUCAUCCAGUUUGGUUUCGUCUCUCUGUUUGUGGCGUCCUUUCCUCUUGCGCCUGUCUUCGCCCUUUUAAACAAUGUCAUCGAGAUACGACUAGAUGCCAAGAAAUUUGUCACAGAGCUGCGUAGGCCGGUUGCCAUACGUGCUAAAGACAUCGGUAUAUGGUACAACAUCCUGAGUGGAAUGGGAAAAUUCUCAGUCAUUAUAAAUGCCUUUGUGAUUUCGUUCACAUCAGACUUCAUCCCUCGGCUUGUCUACCAGUACACGUACAGCCAGACUGGCACCAUGCACGGCUUCAUCAACCACACUCUGUCUUACUUCAAUGUGUCCGAUUUCAAACCCGGAACAGCACCACACAACUCAGAGCAAGGAGACUUCAUGUUUUGCCGGUAUAAAGACUACAGGGAACCCCCCUGGUCUCCAGAGGCUUAUCAGUUCACCAAACAGUACUGGUGUGUGCUGGCUGCAAGACUGGCCUUUGUCAUAUUAUUCCAGAACCUGGUGAUGUUCCUCAGCCUCACUAUCGACUGGGUGAUCCCCGACAUACCAAAAACCAUCACGGAACAGCUCAAGCGGGAGAAGAAGCUGCUGGUUGACCUCUUCCUGCAGGAGGAGAAGGAAAAGUUCCAGCUCAUUCGGAGUCUCUUCGUCAAGGAUGCCACCGUCCACCCAGCGGCCCAGCAACUGGAUGCAGGCCAUGGAUUCCCCAACCCAGGACGCUGCAGUACUCUAUCCCAAGGUCUCGCACAAGGCCUGGCUGGAGACGAAGGAGGGGGGCCAAGGGCAAGGUGUCGGGCUGCCAGCUUCAGCCAGUUCAGCAGGAAGACUCCCUCAUCUCCUGGAAAUGAAAACGAGAAUUCGAGACACACAGCGGUGUGAUUUGUUGUGUGUAAAGAUCAGUCAAGGCCCUGAUGGAACGUGUUGAUUGUUGGGAUGUCUUAUGUGUCUCGGUGUGUAUGUGAAAGACAGAAUAAUGCUGUGAUUAUGGCAUCACAACUGAUUUUUUUUUAAUGUGUGGCUUCAUUUAUUUGUGGUUAAAGUGCAAUUCCCACACUGGUUUUGUGGGUUUGUACUCAUCUAUGUGUGCGUGAUAUUCUUACACUCGCUCUAUGUUCAUUGGUUUGUACACUGUUACUCAGUUUAGCGAGGCUGGCUAGCUUCAUAGCGUAGAAAAGCAAUAAUUACCAUAAUAGGCUUAAAAAACAACUGCAUAUGAGGAUCCUGAACGAGAUGGCUUAUAAGUAGUCGUGGCGACAGAAUUUCACCACUUUAUUUGCUUAUGGUCUUGAUAUAGUCCAAGUUUUCAACCCAGAAUUAGUAGUUCUAGGCAUAACCUUGUAAAGAUGUUGCUCCAGUUGAUUCUGUGAUGUACUUCAAAGGUUGAUAUCCAGGAGUCAUCCUGAAUCCUUCUCAUGCCUCUGUAUCUAAAAUUACACUAUCGCGUGAUGGCUUUUAUGUAUUCAAUGACUUAGCUGGAUGAAUGAGGUGGACCACCACCUUGAUUCAAACCCAGGGUGUUGUCCCAGAUUUGCAGAUUUCUCCAACAGCAUUAUCCACAUGGUUUCCACCUUCACGUCUCGAUGAUUGACUGUUUCUUCAAUGAAUAAUGUUUGAAGGCUAGCAAAAAGCCAAUUCUUGCAAACUGUGAAUGGAUAUGAGAAGGUGACAAUCUCAAGAGAAUCAGUACUUCACAGACAUUUCUUCAUUUUGAAGUACAAGACUGAUAUGGAUAUAUUCUGACAAGUUUAUAGUACAGAUCACGUCAGUCACCUGAACGAAAGAUGUUUGACUUGCACAAAAGAAAGCUGACAGAACCCGCAGGCAGCCAUAAUGGACGUAUUAUUCUGCUGAAAAACAAACUGUGGCAACAACCAUGAGUUUGUUGCUAAUCCUGUUGAUUCACUUGUAUUUAGAUAAUUCUAGCUUGCUAGCUAGCUACUGUCAGGUCAACUAACUAGUGCUUUAUUGUUGUUAGCUGUCUAGUUAGCACACUUAAAGCUUAGUUUUGCAUGUUAACAGUGGAAAUAUCAGGAG